UCACCUUUUCGCACUAUAUCAAUACAAGUAAUAUUAUUUAUAUGAUUCACACACAUUUUAUACACAGCACGAUUCCCCGUCCGUGAUUCCCACUUGAUUCCACCUUAAUUUAGUGUUUAAUUAAAGUCAAAUCGCCAGAUGGAAGCCACUAACUGUUGUGACAUAAGCACCGCCUCGCAAUUCAUGGUGUGUGAAGCGACUGCCGCGGCCCUCGCUCCUUCGGCCCCGAGGCAAAGGUCAUCGACGUAUCCCUCAACAUUAUUCAAAUAACAGGUGUUGACAAUGACAGUUACAGUCACGGCAGAGCACAUCUAUCAGGCCCCAGUUGAACUUGUGGCAGCCACACAUCUCACAAAGUUUCCGAACGAGUACGACAAGGACAUCAUCUCUUGCAAUAUUAUAGAAAGAAACACAGACAAGGAAGGAAGGUUGUACACCAAGAGAGUCGCAGCUGUGCGGAAUGUGCUACCUACAUUUCUGCGGAGGGUUUCAAGCUUACAAGUGGAGAAGCUGGAACUCCAAGAGGAAUGCUGGUGGAACAGCAAAAAGAGGACCUUUGACGUUGAGUCUGAAAACCUCUCUGUGUCAGAUUGGGUCACGAUGAAGGAGGCGUCCACGUACAAGCCACAUCAUCAGAAUCCCAAUUGGACGCAGUUCAAUCAGGAAGGGACGCUCACCGUCCAUGGCCUUGGGAGAAUUGGCUCACUCAUUGAACUUUUUGGGAAAAGGUUCUUGAGUGUCGGUGCUCAGCGUGGCAUUACUAUCACCGAAACGCUCAUGGCUGAACGCUCAAAGAGAUUCUCAAGGGUCUGGUAUUCAGAAUUCCUCUUUGCGUAAGGUCAAUGGAUCUACGAGAAGUGCUAUUCCUAAUCACGACAAUAAGAAUAUCUAGUCCGCAACUUCAGAAAUCUUGCUCAUUGUGCUGUCGACAUCUGAAGAGUCUUCCUCGUAAUAUCAAUAACAAAGGGAAAGCAUUAGACAUUAGACAGUAUCUCGGAUUUUCUUUUUCUCAUGAAUGAUUUCAGGUACAUGGAUAAUUGUGUAUUUUUCCACUUUUAUGUAUGUUGUAAAGAGGUGAUACUUACUCUUAGGAUUUUAUAUUGAGAAGAAAUAGUUUAAUUAGGGUUUAGUGAGCAGAUUUUUCAGGCAGAAAGAAUAUAGGGGUCUUAACUUGUAGUACAUGUAUACUAUAUUCACUAUAUAUGGUAUUGGUGAUUUUUAGGUAGCAUGUUUUGUACUUUUGAACUUAGAAGGUGAUAAUUAUAGUACUUAGACAGUAUUCCAGUUUUUGUUUAGAAAUCUGCUUGUAGGAACAAAUCAUUCCAGGGAUUCGACUGCUUAUGAAGGUCGUAAAAGUAGCAAAUGUUAUAAAAGCCAAGUGAAGGAAGAGAUUACAGCUGUGUUUGUCUGAAGAACAAGUUGGGUUUAUUGCUUUAUGAUUUAUUUAAAGUUGAAACCUGUGUCUUUUCUAUGUGUGGGUGGCUGAUAAUCAUAGAUGUCAAUAUGAACAAAGAAAGCCCAGCAAAAUGUGGAAUGUAAAUGUUUGAAAUCCAAAAGACCGAAAUCUCCGAGAAACACUUUGCUGUGGGCCUGCCAAGUCUUAGAUAAUGAUUGCUGUGAAUAGGUAUAAUAAUAUUUUAGAGUUUGAUUUUAUAUUUUGGUGUACACUCAUAUCUUAUUGUGAAUAUGUUCAAACAAAUAAAAGGUAAAAAUUUUAA